CAAUGACGAAAAAUAAUCAAUGAUAUUCAUUGAUAUUGUUGAUAUCGCGCUUUGUAAACAUCGCGAAUGAAUUUUCAAUUUAUUUAAAAUUAACUAUUUUGAAUUAGUUAAAAACUCUAAAUUUAUGAAAAUAUGAGAAUGAAUAGUUUAAUUUUUCACAAUUUAAAAACAGUAUUUCCCAUUAAUAGUAAUUUUUCAGAAAAGAAAGAGUGAAAAGAGAUUUAUUGAAGAGAAUCCAGGGCCAUCCGUUUGAUUUUGAUUCACUUGAAGUUAAAAUUGCCUUAAAGACUAUUAAAAUCAGAUCUCUUUAUGAACAUCAUGCAGAAUUUUAUAGAAAGGAAACUCGAAUCAGUAGAAAAAUACUGCUAAUUUUGAUCCAAAGGCGAAAUGGGCAACUGAACAGACUGCGUAAAAUUGACGAAGCAAGAUUCAAUUGGCUUCUGAAGGAAUUGGAUCUCUCUUUCACGCCUCCAAAGUUGGGUUUGAAAGUAGAUAGGUACUGUAAAAAGUGGGAUUUGCGUAGGCUAACUAAAGAAUACUGUCAGAAGACAAUAGCAAGUAAAAUGGAAGCAUACCACGAAGAGUUAAAGAAAGAACAAGAAGCAUUUCUUGAAGAGAAGAGACAAAUUUUGGCCUGGAUUGAAGCCGAAGAAAAAGCCUUGAAAUCGGACAAUGUAUAGUGAUUGCAUAAGUACAGCAUUUCAUUAUUUAGUACAUUAAUAAACAAUUUAUGACGCUCAUGUCAAAUUUUACUCGUAGAAUCAAGAGUAACAUUUAUUUGUGUUAUUUUUACGCUAACAAUGUUUUGAUAUUAUUACAAGAUGUGUGACCUUUUUGUUAUAUUGAUACGGACAACACAUUAAAAAGGAUUAUAUGU